CAAAACUUGCUUUUCUUUCUUUCGCGAUCAAAUAUCUUUAAUGAACUUUUAUCAACACGCAGGUCAAAUCAUUGAUAAACUUGGUCGACAUGAAGGCACUAUCAAAGGUCUAGUUCUUGGUGAUCCAAAGGUCAAGGAUAAGAAGAAAAUGUAUGCUCUUGUAUGUGAGACCUUAAAAUAUAAACACAUUUUGAAUGAAAUUAUCGAUACAACGAAUAUAUGUGUUAUUGAAAAGAAGUUAAAACGUUCUCUUGCUCUUGUUUUGAUCCAUGAUCUAUUAUUCAGUAAACGCGGUAUUCCUGUUAAUAGCCAAGCACCACUUAAACAAUGUAUUACUCGACAUCAAGCAAGACUCAAAGCAGAACUUGUCAAGAUCAAGAUCAAGAAAGGUGCAAACUCGAAUAUAGAUCUACUCAGUCAAAAAUCAAAAGAUGCAGUACAUAUUCCUAGAUAUGUUCGAGUGAAUGAACAUAAAUCCACUGUAGAAAACAUGAUCAAAGCAUUUGAAAAGGAAGGAUAUACCUAUGUAGAUACACCAAAGGAUUUACGAAGUUUAGGACACAAAUCUUUUUGCAGAGAUGCCCACUUGAAGGAUUUACUUGUUUUCCCUCCAAAGACCGACCUUCAUAUCCACCCAAAAUAUGUUGCUGGCGAAAUCAUCUUACAGGAUAAGGCUUCUUGUUUCCCUGCUCAUGUAGCACAAAUACCUACUAAUGUACAUGCUAUUGAUGCCUGCGCAGCUCCUGGAAACAAAACAUCUCAUCUUUCUGCAUUGAUGAAGAAUACUGGUCGUAUUUGGGCAUUCGACUUGGAUCAACGUCGACUUCAAACUCUCAAGAAGCUCACAACAAAAGCUGGUUGUAGAAAUAUUGAAGCUAUUCAUGGCUCCUUUUUAGAUGCUGAUCCUUCGGAUCCUAUGUACAACAAAGUGGAAUAUCUCCUUCUGGAUCCAUCUUGCUCAGGCUCUGGUAUAGUCAGUCGAUUGGAUCAUUUGGUAGAUGACGAUAGUGAUGAACAGAAAAAUGCAGAUGGAACGACCACGACACAAGAGGAACGACUUCAAAAUUUAUCAGACUUUCAGAUAUCUAUCAUCGAACAUGCUCUCAAAUUUCCAAAUGCAAAACGAAUUGUUUAUUCUACCUGUUCGAUUCAUCCUCAAGAAAAUGAAAAAGUGGUUGAAACUAUAUUAUCAAGGCACCCGGAAUUUACCUUAGCCACCCGUGAUUCAGUGUUACCAACUUGGGAAAGACGUGGAUUCCCGGAAGAAAUGAAGGACUACUUGGAUCAAUCCAACUGUGUGGUACGUACUUUACCAUCUGAAGAUUUGACGAAUGGAUUUUUUGUGGCAUGUUUCGUUCGAUCAUCAUCACCAACUGGUACGACAUCUGCCACUAUUAUCACCAAUCACAACAAAAAGCGAUCAAUAGAAGAAACCGGCGAUCAAAAAUCAAACUUAAACAAGAAAAAGAAGAACAAGGGCAAGAAACGAAAGGGGCCAAUCACACUUUAGGAUAGUCAAUAUUUUUUUUAGACUCUAGAAUGAUGUUAUCAGAUCCGGGUCAAAACUUUUUUGACGGCAAUCUCCGCUAUAGAAACGUGAGAAGGGAAAAUGAUAUUUUUUUUUAUCAAUAUUAGGUCAAUAAAGACGAAAGAUGUAUUAUAGAUUUGUAGUUGA